UUUCAUAUAUCGGCGCGUUGCACGUGUUUCUAUAAAAAAGUGUGUAUGGUAGUCGAUUAUUUUAAAAAAUAAAAUUAAAUAAAAAUGGCACAGAUAAAUGACGAUUUAAUAACAUCACUUUGUAUAGACUUUUUAAAAAAUAAAAAUAAAAGCUUAGCUGAUGUUUUACAACAAAAAUUCAAAGUGCAAAACUUGGCAACUGACUCUCCAAAUUUAAAAGAGAUAGUCACAAAAUAUUGUGAGACCACAAAGAAAAUCCCAAAAUUAAAACAGGGUUCCAAAAAUAAAGCAGCGCAGGAAAGCUCAUCAAGCGAAGAUAGUGACGAAGAAAAUGAACAGACUUCAAAGUCUUUAUUAAAUGGAUCUGACAAAAAUGGCUUGAAAAAAAAAUCUGACAGCUCUGACGAGAGUGAUGAUAGUGACGACGAUAAUAAAAAUCAGACAAAAAAUUUAAAGAAACCUUUAAUAAAUGGUAAACAAUCUCAAGUAAACAAAAAGAAAUCAAGUGAGGACAGUGACUCUUCUGACGAAGAAACACAACCAUCUAAAUUAUCAACGGCUAAAGCUCAGCCACCAAAUAAAAACAUUUUAGUGCAAAAAGGAAAGAAAAAAUCUUCAAGUGAGGAUAGUGAUUCAUCGGACGAUAAAGUAUCCAAACCUUCGGCAAAACCGCAACCAGCAACUAAAAAUGCAUCAGUAAAAAAAAAAGAGGAAUCUUCAAGUGACGAAAGUGAUUCGUCUGAAGAAGAAACUACUAAAAUUAAAGUUGCACAGCCAAAAGGUCAGCAAACUAAUAAAACUGUUGAGGCCAAAAAGAAAGAAGAAUCUUCAAGUGAGGAUAGUGACUCUUCUGAUGACGAACCUGCAAAAUCCAAAAUUGCAGCUAAAACUGCUACUAAAGCGAAUAUCUUAUCCAAAAAGAAAGAAGAAAGUUCCAGUGAGGAAAGCGAUUCAUCAGAGGAAGAAACUGCUAAGACAAAGGCAAAUUCAGCAAAACCUUCACCUACUAAGCCAGUUGCAUCUAAAAAAAAGGAGGAAUCCUCUAGUGAAGAUAGUUCGGAAGAAGACCAACCUAAAAGUAAACAACAAAUAGUUGCUAAGACUUUAGCACCCAAAAAACAAGAGUCAGAAGAUAGUGAUAGUUCAGAUUCUGAUGAAUCAGAUAAAAAACCUAAAACAGCAGCAGUCAAACCACUUGUUAAAAAGACGGCGUUGCCUUCAAAAGAAAAAAGUUCAAGUUCAGAAGAUGAUUCGGACGAAGCACCACCAGCAAAAAAGGCUACUUUGCCAAUUAAAACUUUAAAAAAAAAAGCUGAGUCUUCAAGUGAAGAUGACAGCUCAGAGGAGGAUAAUAAACCUAAAUCUGUUCCAAUAGCAAAAAAAGGGAAAAGUAGUAGCGAUUCGGAGUCAGAAGAAGACGAAAAAAAUACCCCCAAUCUAAAAGCAGGAGUUAAAAGGAAAGCUUCUGACAAUAAUGAUAAACAAAAUAAAAAAGCUAAUUAUUCUAAUUUUGUAAAAGCUGGGGAAAACCGUUUUGAGAAUAAUAAAUUAAACGGUAAUGCAUAUCAUAAAAAUAAUUCAAAUCAAACCACUCCCAAAACUCCUUUUAGAAGAGUUCGUGAAGAGGAAGUUGAAGUAGAUCCAAGAGUGAAAGAUAACUCAUUUGAAGCAAAGAAAAAUGCUUUUGGUUCAUGGGGUGAAAAAGCCAAUAAAGAUCUUAAACAUACUAGGGGAAAGUCAUUUAAACAUGAAAAAACUAAGAAGAAACGUGGUAGUUAUAGAGGUGGCUUUAUUGAUACGUCAGUAAAUUCAAUACGUUUUGAUAAUGAUGACUAAUAUAAAUUACUUAAAAUAAAUGCAAAAAUUAAUUUCUUCUCCAAAUUAUAAAUUUAUAUUACAUUUUUUUUAUAUGUAUUUUAAAUAAAUUUUGUAAUUUUUCUUCUAAAGUGUGACUUCAUCUAAAACUUGUAUUUGAAAAACAAAAAUAUUUACAGAUUCUUUAUUUUACUUAUUAUAUAAAUGUACUACAACUGGAAAAUUUAUAAAAUACAGAUAAUUCAAGUAAUUAUUAAAAACAAACUAAAAUUUAUAGUUGAAAAUUAAAUUUUAAUUAAAACUAUGAACAACAACAACGUUUUUUUUGGUUCAUAAUAAUAUGCAAAAUAUACAUAUACAAAAUGAAAUUAAAAUUAAAUUUUUAAGUUAUGUUUAAUCAAUAAUUAAAGAAGAAUUUAAAAAUAAGAAUUUUAGUUUAUACAUACUUUUAAAAUAAUUUUAAAAAUAUAUAUUAAAUAUAUAUGUACAAUUUAUAAUAAAAUUCUUUUUGAUUUUAA